AACAGUGUAUAAAGAGCAGAUAUUGGCGGUCAUAAUGAUAGCUUUACAUUCGCUUAAAACAUGCAUGUUCAAAAUUCUCGCUGCAUAGCAUGGUGGAAAUCCAUACGACGACUACCAUUGGGCAUACUUUUCGUUUAAGUUUUUAUUAAUAGUCGUUCUUCCCCGCCGCGAAGCGCGAGCGGAAACUACUAGUUAUUAUUAUUAUUAUUAUUAUUAUUAUUAUUAUUAUUAUUAUUAUUAUUAUUAUUAUUAUUAUUAUUAUUAUUAUUAUAAUAUUAAUUUUCCAACAUCUUCUACAUACAUACCCGUGCUACCUAGACACCACCAACCAACCCCCACAAAACCCCUUAUCUUCAUCUAUCCUUUGCAAUCACAUCUCCACCUUAAAACACCAAACACUCACCUUCACACUCCACACCAACAACAACAACAACAACAACAAACAAUGGCUGCUUCAUCUGCCUCUGCAGCUCUUAUCUCCUCCCCAAACCCUUUCAUUUCCCCCAAAUCUCAUACCCUAAGCUUCUCCGCCUCCUCCUCCUUGACCUUUCAGUCCAAAUCCCUCCGUUCUUCCCUCUCUCUCCGCCCCUCCACCGCCCGCCGCAACACAUUCGUCGUCAAAGCUGCACUGCCACUAGUUGGAAAUCAGGCACCGGACUUUGAAGCUGAGGCUGUUUUUGAUCAAGAGUUCAUUAAUGUUAAGCUCUCUGACUACAUUGGCAAGAAAUAUGUCAUUCUCUUUUUCUACCCUUUGGACUUCACUUUUGUUUGUCCAACAGAAAUCACUGCAUUCAGUGACCGAUAUGCAGAAUUCGAGAAGAUUAAUACUGAAAUAUUGGGCGUUUCUGUAGACAGUGUGUUCUCCCACCUUGCAUGGGUUCAAACAGACAGAAAAUCUGGCGGUCUUGGUGAUCUGAACUACCCUCUGAUUUCCGAUGUCACAAAAUCGAUUUCAAAAGCUUUCAAUGUGUUGAUUGAAGACCAGGGAAUAGCAUUGAGAGGGCUUUUCAUAAUUGAUAAGGAAGGUGUCAUCCAACACUCCACAAUUAACAAUCUCGCAAUUGGUCGAAGCGUUGAUGAAACAUUGAGAACACUUCAGGCAUUGCAAUUUGUACAAGAGAACCCGGAUGAGGUAUGCCCGGCUGGAUGGAAGCCAGGGGAGAAGUCGAUGAAGCCCGACCCUAAGGGCAGCAAGGAAUACUUUGCGGCCAUAUAGUUAGACGCCUUUCCUUUUAUUUUCAUUGAACUGAAUUGAGUUUUGGGUAAAACCCUCAAGUCUGGACUACAUUUCUUGAAACAGUGUUGUAAGCAUGUUAAAGCUCAAAACGUCUAAUGAGUAUUUGUAUUUUGAUUAUAACGACGGAGUAUGAGUUAAGUAUGUAUGUUAUAGCUUA